UCACACUCAACUAGAAACGGAAUGGAGCAAUGGAGUCCAACUUAUUUUUAGUUUUUCUAUUGUCGUUUUCGCUGUGCUGUAAUGCAAGAGCGGAAAUCAGUGAUCGGUUGCUGGAAGAGAGUCAGGACAUAGACAUGGAGCCGUCCGCCCACCUCAACGCCAAGGAACUGCCGGCGGUGCCACAGAACUCCGUGCAGACGCAUCCCAGAUACAAAUGCUACUCCUGCGAGCCGCCUUGCCAUGAUCCCUUAGAGUCUUCCCACACCUGCCAGAACGCCAUUCAGUGCUGGAAAUCCCGCACCCGCGAUGCCGAUGGCCAUGAAAAGGUUUCACGCGGGUGCACAACCUCGUUCGAACAGCUGCCGCUGUGCCGGCAGAGCUCACCAAACAAGCUCAAUGGUCCCAGCAAACGGAAUACGGACAACUACUACAGCCUGGUCUGCUGCAAUGGCGAUUACUGCAACAGUGGUGACUUUCCCGAUCUGGCGCCCUUCGCCAGUGUCACAGUCACGGCGGACACCAGUAGGAUUGGCAAGAUGUCCUUGGCUAUUCUGGGUCCCUUUCUGAUUAUUACUCUGCUGGGCGUAGUGGCCAUCUUCUUCAUACGGCGUAGCCAUCGUAAGCGUCUACAUGCCUCGCGCACCAAAGAGGAUCCGGAAUCGUAUCUGGUUAACGACGAGCUGCUGCGCGCCACUAGUGCCGGCGACAGCACUCUGAGGGAGUAUUUGCAGCACUCUGUGACCUCCGGAUCGGGCAGCGGACUACCACUGCUUGUACAGCGUACGCUUGCCAAGCAGGUCACUCUGAUCGAGUGUAUUGGGCGAGGCAAGUACGGCGAGGUAUGGCGCGGUCACUGGCAUGGCGAGAGCAUAGCCGUCAAGAUAUUCUUCAGUCGCGACGAGGAGUCUUGGAAGCGAGAGACGGAAAUCUACAGCACCGUCUUGCUCCGUCAUGAAAACAUUCUCGGCUUCAUCGGUUCCGACAUGACGUCGCGCAACUCGUGCACACAACUCUGGCUGAUGACGCACUAUUACCCGCUGGGUUCCCUCUUCGAUCACCUCAACCGUAAUGCUUUGAGCCGCAACGACAUGGUUUGGAUUUGUCUAUCGAUAUCUAAUGGAUUGGUGCACCUGCACACGGAGAUAUUUGGCAAGCAAGGAAAGCCAGCAAUGGCGCAUCGGGAUCUAAAGUCAAAGAACAUUUUGGUCACUUCGAAUGGAACCUGCGUGAUAGCCGAUUUUGGUCUGGCUGUCACCCACUCGCAUGAGACAGGACUAUUGGACCUGGGCAACAACCCCAAGGUGGGCACCAAACGCUACAUGGCACCCGAAGUUUUGGAUGAGAGCAUUGAUCUGGAGUGCUUUGAGGCGCUGCGACGAACUGAUAUCUACGCUUUUGGACUGGUUCUGUGGGAGGUUUGUCGUCGUACGAUUGCGUGCGGAAUUGCUGAGGAGUACAAGGUGCCAUUCUCUGAUGUGGUGCCAAUGGAUCCCAGCUUUGAGGAUAUGCGCAAAGUUGUCUGCACCGACAACUACAGGCCCUCUAUACCCAAUCGUUGGAGCUCAGACUCGUUGCUUGCUGGCAUGUCCAAGUUAAUGAAAGAGUGCUGGCACCAGAAUCCCAAUGUGCGUCUGCCGGCGCUGCGUAUCAAAAAGACUAUACAUAAGCUAGCCUCCGCGGAUGAAAAGGUGCGCUUGGACUUUGACGAGGUCUGCGUUUAGCGGUUGUACUCGAGCCCUAAAGUUAUAAGGUAGCAUUAGCUAGAUGUAAGAUUCAUUCAUAGACGUUUUCGCAUUGCAUUUUCACGCACUAUUAGUUCGUACGUGUAUUAUUAAGAGUUAAGCCCAGACCCACACGGGUUGCCAAGGACAAGACCCUUGAGAACAUAUUUACUUUAUGUUUGAAUCGCCUUUUUGCCUAACUUGGGUGCCUUCAACGUUGCCUUAAGUUUAAAUAAGUGACUUCAUCUACUCUAAUACAUAUUCUUGGGAUAUCAUCCUGUACAUUUGCGAGACAUGUUCAUUUUUAUUUACUUUUCAUUUCACCUGUUCAUCGUUCAUCAAGUGCCAUUUGCAAUUGAGAAUUGUAAGACGCGUUAACUGUAAGCUCACUCUUUGAACUCGACACUGAAUUCUUGACUCUUGAACUUGAGCCUGUCCAAGCUAUGAUAGAAGCAUAAGCCACACAACCAACCACUAACUGGUUAAGCCUUAAGCACUUGGUUCCACACGCAUAGAAGCAUACACACACCUACUUGUAUAUUGUACAAAAUGCAAGCUAUUUAAGUUUUUUAUAGUCUAAGCGAGAAAUAAAGUACACGAGUAAGCAUUAA